CCAGCGAGGCUGAUCCGGGUGGCUGACCGGUGGCCACAGGCCACAGCUCUGUACCUGGAGUCCGCGAGGCCACGGUGCGCGCGCUCUUGUCUUGUGCCACUGCCACCACCGUCUCGCCGUCGCCGGAGCGAGAGCCGAGGCCCGAGGCCACGCAGGCAGAGGCAGACACCCGGCCCAAGGGGGAUGUCGGCGCCGGCGGCGCAGGCCGUGGUGGCGCUGGCUCUCGCGGCCAUCCUGUCGACGCCGGCGCCCCAGGCGGACACCUUCUCCAACGUCCCGCCCACGCUGUCCGGGGGCGACGGGAAGCAGGAGCGGAUCAAGCACCCGAGGUCAGCAAAGGCGCUGCAGUGCACGACCAAGUGCGUCGGCACCUGCAUCCGCGGCGGAGGCGGCGCGCCCGGCGAGGGGCCCCUCAACGUCAGGAGGCCCCUCGUGGUGUUCAAGGACGGGUUCCGCAGCCGGCAGUACUGCUUGAUAGAGUGCUCGGAUAUCUGCAACCGCAUCAAGGAUGGGCAGGAUGGACCCUGAGACGGGACAGUAGCAUGCCGAUUCCAAAGUUCCUGAAGCAACUGCCAUGGCUGCAGUGCAGGCGUAACGAGGUACGGUGUGUUAGUCAGUAACACAUUUGCUAGCUGUUCUUUUUUUUUUUUGUUGCAACAAACUGAGAAAAUCUGCUAGGAAUGCAGUGUAGUAAUCUUGAUAUAUCAUUAACGCAAUGGAGGGUAUAGAUAGAUUCUCACGGAUUGGACU